CUAAUUUCCACUUGAAGUCUUGAACCUCCAAAAUUCCUCACACAAGUAUGGAGGCUGAAAGCGCUGAGUGUCAACGUGCUCACAACAGUAGCAGUGUUGCUUCUUUCUUGUCAGCAUCUACUCGUUGUAUCAUGAUUGCUGAGCUUCGGUGGAAAAUCUUCGACCUGGUUGCUCCUCCUAACAUGCCUGUUAGUACUGUUAGACGACUUCCGGAAUUCGAAUGGGGAAUGGAUUCCAAGUUGACGUUCAUGAGACAGUCACUUCUGACACUUGCCUUGACAUGCAAAUCAUUUACUGGACCUGCGCUGGAUCUUUUGUGGCGGCACUUAGGUGGGCUCGAACCUCUCAUCAAGUGUCUCCCACGAAGCCUAUGGAAACAGGACGAGAAAAAGCUAGAAUUCCAAAGAACCAUGACCCUCGGUGACUGGUCCAUUUUCUGUAAAUAUAACUAUCGCGUCCAUUCGCUAGUCAAUCAAUGUCAGGGGUCGUUCAUGAAUGACGAGAUGAUCUGUGGCACUGAAAUUUGGCAUGCCCUCACCUGUCCCCCCUUCUCGCUUCCCUUACUCCCCAACUUGACGUCCCUUACCUGGACUCAGACUAGCGGCGAGACAUUUCAGUAUAUUCGGUUAUUUAUUACUCCACAGUUGACGAUGCUCAAUAUCCAUGCACGGUCCUUCACCUUUAAAACAUUCGAUCCAUCCGAACAUCCCAUCUUGUCGUCUAUCCCAAAGUCAUGUCCUUCUGUUUCGGAUUUCAGUCUCGUUAUCGGUUCCGGUCGAUCUAUUCAACCAAGAGACACAUCGACCAUAUUACAAUGUUGGUCUCAUCUAACAUCGGUGAGGACUGGAACAGUUUCCGAGGCAGGUAUACUACACUUGUCCAGUUUACCUUCACUCCAAGUUUUGAAAUUUCAAUUACCUCCAACGCCCAUAUCUGCAGCUACUCGAAAGCUCCUACAGCAGCCCGUGUUUUGCGCGUUACAAGAACUGGACAUAACAUGCAAACGUCUAGUCAUCUUAGAGGCUUUUUUGGAGCAACUCACUGUUGCUCCAAAAUUAUUAUCCUUUACGAUCACUCAUGGAGUGGAUUCCGCGCGGGCUCUGCCAGCUUCGAUUUCUCGUAUAGCCAAUGGGUGUGCACACAGCUCACUGCAACAGGUGCAGUUCAACAUCACCAAUCAACCUAUUGAUCGCGAUGCUUUAAUCGAAGCUGAAGCUUUUCGACCACUCUUUGCCUUCCACAAUCUUCGCAAGCUCGACUUCAAAGCGGAUGAACACUGUAUUGUGCAAAUGGAUGAUGCUGCCCUUUUGGAGAUGGGUAAGGCCUGGCCCCUUCUAGAAGAGCUAUACAUUACCCGGUACUGCCAUUCCAGCCAUCAAGUCACUCCAGAUGCCUUCGUCUCGCUGUUGCAGCAUUGCCCGCGUUUGGUCUCGAUCGCCGUUACAGUGGAUUGGUCUACGAUAGACGCGUACGCCAUACCCCCUGGCGUUCCUUCUCAAGGAUUUUUUCACAAGACGCUAUCUCGCGCAUUCUUUGGUGGUUCGAGGAUUGACCAUCCGAUAAAUAUCGCUGUCUUCAUCUCAGCCAUCGCACCCAAUGUAAAUACAAUCGAGGCAUGGGAUCCUGAAAUCCAUGGGGAUGAUGACUACCUGGCAUACUCCCCAGCGUGGAAUCUCGUCGUGGAUUUGAUCAAGACUUUCCCCUUUGUCCGUAACCAGGGCAAGAUGAUGAUGUUGAAUGAGCUGAUGAAAAUGCACGAGAUUCGUAUGGCCACUGCAAGGCCGCGCAGCCGAGAGACCGAAAAUGAGGAAGUUGCCGUUGGUGGUGACAUUGAUGAGGGUGGUGAGGCUUUCGAGGAAGAUAGCGGAAGCGAGGGCCACUCGGUACAUAUGCAUUAAGUCUUGUCAGACGAGAAAGAAUGUUUUAAAGCGCCACUUCUCCCACUCGACGAAUCUCUUUCCUAUCCGUGUCUCGCAAGUUUAUAGUGGGAAUACGCAUGUCAUAGUCCUGAAUAAUCCAUACCGUGGUAUACGGAUAUACA